ACUAAUAAAGACGAUAAUGCCUCCUGUGUGUUGUGACCUAAUGUCCAGCAGGGGGCAGUACCUCCAAUUCGCUAUUACUGCAGCGAUCAUCAACUUUAGCGGGGAAGAAGAGUUUGCAAGCCAAACAACCUUAGUGGCUAGUAUCGGGGAAGAAUGCCUUUUCAUUUCUGCUCCCAGUGUGGGUCAAAGUUGCAGCCAGAUUUUAAAUUUUGUCCCUCGUGUGGGGAGAAGCUCCCCUGUCCAGCUGAUGAAUGUGGACCUGGGAACUCACCCGCUGUAUCCCAAAAGGAGGCGGCAACAGCGUCUUUAGUUAGACCAAGCCUUGCUUCAGUCAGAGGCUGUGAGCCCCCAGAACAUACUCAAUGUAUCACUGCAACUUCAAGUCCAACCCGUCCAGGACUACGAAGGAGUCGAAACUCACUUCGUCUGGAAAAGGAUGUUACAUUCAACAACAAAGAUCCUAUACCUGAAGUCAGGGGUAAGGUGAAAUUUUCCAGCCCUGUGAAGAAACUGGAAGAAGGAAAUGGGUUGUUUGAUAAAACAAGUGAUACAGCAGAAAGAUCAAGAGUAGAUGUCUGUCCUGUAGCUGCCCUCUCUCCAAUCUCCUCACCAGUGUCCAAGUCUCCUGGAAAAGGUAAAGGCAAGGCCAAGAAGGCAAAGCAUUCGUCUGCUGUAGAGCCACUACAGGAAGGUGAAGAAGUGACAGACACGACAGGCCGGAAAUGGAAACUGAUUAAGCUGCUCAGUCAGAGCUUGACAGAGCUCAUCUACGAAGUCCAAAAAACAACUUUAAAAUCAAAUUCCAAAGAGUCAAACCACAUUCUCAAACUAGGCGCUAAAGAUGGACGAAUCUUUAAUGAGCAGAACUUUCUGCAGCGUGCUGCCAAGCCUGCAUCUGUGGAAAAGUGGAUCAAACAAAGCAAAGUGCCUUUUCUUGGGAUCCCUGCCUGUGUUGGUUUUGGUCUUCAUGCAGAUUCAUACAGGUUUCUGAUUUUCCCCGACAUGGGUCAAACUCUUCACUCUAUCAUUGAGGAAGAGGAUGACCUUCUGUCUGAGAAAGACGUUCUGCACCUCGCCUACAGAAUAUUAGAUGUUCUGCAGUAUAUGCAUUCAAACGAAUAUGUUCAUGCUGACAUUAAUGGUGAAAAUAUCUACAUCCAACAAGGACAAAGAUCACUGGUAUAUCUCGUAGGAUACUGCCACGCCUUCAGGUACUGUCCAGGGGGCCGUCAUGUGGAGUACCGUGAAGCCAGCAGGACGCCGCACGAGGGCAACGUAGAGUUCAUCAGCCUGGAUGCACAUAAAGGAGCAGCUCCUUCCAGGCGCAGCGACUUGCAGUCUCUGGGUUACUGCAUGCUGCGAUGGCACACAGGACCGCUGCCGUGGACCACCGUCAUUCAACCGGACCAGGUAGCCAAACAGAAACAGAGGUUCAUGGAGGACGUUCCUGCGCUGUUGAGUCACUGCUUUGGGAAGAAGAAAGUUUCCAGUGCAUUUGAGACUUACCUGACUGCGGUGAUGGCUCUGCAGUACUCUGAGCAGCCGGACUACUCAGCGCUAAAGGGCGGACUCAGUGCAGCUUUACUGCAAAUGGGGGGGUCACUGGAGCAGCCGCUGAGUUUUAGUCACUACAAAGCUACAUCUACUGACUACAGCUACGUCCCAACACACCGACUGUACUGGCGUAAAGCGCGGCGCCGGGCGCCAGAGUUCGCGGUGUAAAGACGUCGUCCUGUUGGCCACGACAACGUGGAAGGCCUCCACCAGCGAGUAGCUCUGCCUGGACCCGCCGCGGGGCAAGCUCUUCAGCCAGAUGAUGCUCAGACAUCGGUCAUCAGUCAUCUGACAACCUUCAUAUCAGAAGACAUGCAGGCAUCCUCUCCCAUAAAAAGGUUUGAGUUCUGAUGAUGUCAUGUGGAGGAGCCCUGUCAUUCUAACACUGUUCAUAUGUGUGGACCCUCGGCACAGAAGCAGAGGUGAGUUCAAAGUCAGUGUCUCUGCUUUGUUGUCAUAGCUUCAUGUCUUCGCAUUUAUAUGUAACGGGAAGAGAUUUUCAUUUAUGGCACAGCCUUGUGACUUGAUUUGUUUUUAGUGUCAGUAUGUAAAACACGUCUAAAUGUUCACUCCACAAAUGCACUGACAUUUAAUAGGAGUGAGCUAUGAAAUGUAAGGAGGAAAAGGAGGUUGGUUACAUUUUUUUUUUACCCAACUGGAAUAUGUAAUAGAGCACAUGAGGCUGCGUGUCUUUGUGAAAUCACCCCUGUAGUGUCCCAGCAGGUGAAGUGGACGCUGACUAAUCAUGACUCACAUAGAACACCUGCUCCCGCAUGGAAGGCGUGUCGGGUGGGCUCUGAUUGGCCAGCAGCCGUUUAGAAACCGUACUGGUGCACGAGGUCUGGUCGUCCUUAUCGAACGGACUGGAAGACAUUUAAAAACAGCAGGACAAACAAUCAGAACGUGUGGGAAGGAAUAACGCGGCCGUGGCAGGUUGCAGGCUGCAGCUGCAGGCUCAGGUACCUCCAGGUGACCUCCAGGUUCAGCUUCACCGUGCCCAGGUCGUUGAUGUCCACGGCGAGCGUCUGCGGCAGCGGGCAGAACAGGUCGAGCAUCUCGCAGGACACGCUGCCCACCACCACGUGGUUGGCCAAGCUCUUCAGCUCCGUCACCUUCACGGCACAAAACCACAGCGGAUCAGCCACGGCCGCAGCCUGGAGCAUCCGUGGAGCGCUCGCAUCCAGCGAGCCUCGCUAAAGGAUCCUACAGUUAACUACACAGGCCUGAGCAUCUUAUCGUCACUUCUAUCUCCACUAGAUGUGGGCGGUGGUGAGGAGUUGCCAGGAGAUGGUGUUCACAUCGAGACGUGUGCAGAUUCUGUGGGAGGAAUCAUGUUUCUCACACUUCAAACUCGUUUCAUACCAUUCGCACAAAUCUCUUGUGCGGGAGGCAACAAGACCAACAUGUUUUGUCACCAAAGCCACAGAUGGAGACUCGUUUACUGUUGCUAAUGUUCAGUGAUAUUUGCAGGAAUGUCAGUGCUCGGCUGGUUCGGACGCGAUCUGAAUGUGUUUGACUGCAUUAUCCUUUAAAGGCGGAUGCCGGUACCUUGAUUGACAGCAGCUCUGUGACGAGAGGCAGGAAUAUGUACUCUUCGCUGUCCCACAUCUGCUUGUUGCUGACUUCCACGCGGCCUCGUAGCCUCCAGCGCUGCCGCCCGUAGCGCAUCAGGACCUGCGGGGGCAGGAGACGUGAAGCGGCGAGCGCGGCCACGGGCCGAACGUGAGCCGUCUGACCGUGUGGGUCUUACCUCGUACUGGUCCCCGGCACAGAGGCGCGCGAAGCCGGCGAGGCCUGGAACGUUGAGGGGAAAUGAGAAGUGGACUACACGGGGGCAAGAGGAAGUCACAUGAGCGAGGAGAAUGACUCACCCUUCAUCUUGACAUGAAAUUCUCCCAUCUGGCUUUCUAAUUCACUCUCAAGCGAACACAUGUGCUGCGGGGAAAGAGAGAGUGGAGAGUUGGAGCAGCUAUCACUUUUGAUCACGUACACCUGAACCUAAUGUUUAGUGAAUCCAUUAAGUUUAAGAAGUUAGAAAAAUAUUCUACUAAAACGUGCAGUAAUAUCACAUUAAAUGACUUGGAUAAGAACUUUG